GAUUAAAUGGUCGUAAAAUUAUUGUGUUGUGCUUCUCAGUUCUAAUGAAAGUGAUAUAGUAUAAAAAUGGAUGUAAAAUAAUUAAAGUACGAAUUUUAAUAAAUAUAUCCACGCACUUUUUAAAAGCUGAUUAAAAUAACCAGGAAAGGUAUGCGUGUUUUCAAUAAAGCAAUUGAAUUAUAGGGCCGACGCGUAUUACGAGACUCGUGUUAAAUCGUGAUUCGUGUAUCAAAGGAGUAUAAUCAUUGGAAGUGCACUAAACGACAAUAGUUCGGGAAAAUGUAUUUUUAAAUAUAUAUUGCGGAAUUACAAGUGCUUUCUACAAUUAUACGAUAUCAAAUAAAAUCAUAGUUUUCACAGUGAGUUGAAGUUGAAGGCAUCUGUUAAAGAAAUAGUACAAAAGCCUACGUUACGAUUCGUAGUUUAGUGCGGUAUUUGUGCAAUUCGUGAAUAAAAAAUGUGUCUGAGUAUCACCAAUCGCAGCAUCAAUCCAUUGUCCAUUGUGCCAUGCAUGCGAAAUGGAGUUAAAUUUAACUUGAUACUAAUACUGUUCUUGAAUCUGUUGCUGAAUUCACGCAGUCAAUUGCUGAUAAACGUACAAAAUCAAGGUGGCGAGGUCAUUCAAGAAAGCAUCACCUCCAAUGUCAGCGAGGACAUAAUUACUUUAGAAUUUCAAAAAACGGAUGGUACACUUAUCACACAAGUCAUUGAUUUUCGAAAUGAGGUCAAAAUCGUCAAAGCUCUCGUGCUGGGUGAAGAGGAACGUGGCCAAAGUCAAUAUCAAGUCAUGUGCUUUGUGACGAAAUUCAAUAAAGGCGAUUUUAUCUCCUCCGACGCAAUGGCCAAAUUACGUCAGAAGAAUCCCAGCACGAUACGUACACCGGAGGAGGAUAAGGGGCGGGAGUCGUUUACGAUGACAUCGUGGGUUCAUCUAAAUCGCUCUUUACCAAUAACGCGCCAUCUGCAGACUUUGUGUGCUGAGGCCGCUGAUGCGACAUAUGUACGCAGUGCCGAUUUGAAGGCGUGGGCUGAAUUGCCAGGUUCAUCUAUAUCCAGCCUAGAGGCAGCCACAGAGAAAUUUCCCGACACACUUUUCUCGCGUUGCAAUGAGGUUAGCGGCUUAUGGGCACCAUGCCUAUGCACAUUAGAAACCUGCAUCGGCUGGUAUCCUUGCGGCCUCAAAUAUUGCAAAGCUAAGAAUGGCGGCGACUCGUCGGCGGCACAACCCAACUAUCGUUGCGGCAUUAAGACGUGUCGCAAGUGCAGUCAAUUUACCUAUUAUGUGCGACAGAAACAACAAUGUCUAUGGGAUGAAUGACGAGGGCUGCAUAUGGGCAUUAACAGUUACUGCAACCAUAAAACUUGCUCAGUGAAUAAAUGGCCAACAACAACAGCAGCCAGCAAUCGUUAUCGUUCGUCAUCACCGCCACAUCGACGUUGGUAUGCGAAUAAGAAUAUAUUUUGUGGUAGCAAUAAACUCUGCGUUUCAUACAACAAUCGAGACUUUGCCACGGCGGUGGCAGUCAAUCACGAACAAAUGUUUCUGUUACAAUUGCCACUGCUCUUCGUAGUAUCAUCGUCAUCAGAUGCGGUAGCAGCGACACCAAUAAACUAUUGAAGCCGUUGUAACCAACUGGAUGUAUGAUGAUCUUCCUUGUUGGAACUCUUUGUUGAGGGAGAUCCAUGCUACGAAUUAUCGUCCUUCUCGAGAUCCUUUCUUUUUCCAUCAUAGCUAUUAAGUGCUGAUUUUCCGUACAUCUUGUAGGGAUUUGUUUUCGAGUUUCAAAAUUCGUCAUUGGUUUGUGCGAAAUUGAUUUAUUUAAUUAAUUAAUUUUCGAGGUAGCGCGAACGCGAAAUUAGCUAAGAUAUAAUAAUAUUGUUAAAUAAUUCGCCUUAUUUUCAUCUUAAAAAAUCUUGUGUAAAAUUUUUCUUUGUUUGUUGUCUUCUUUGGUUGCUGAUUGUACUUAUUUUUAUAUGUUAUUGUUUUGUGGUUGUUGCUUUUCGCGCCAUAUGCUUUCAAAGCACGAUACCAAAACCACUAGAAGUGUGGGAGGUAUAAAGCAGAUCCACACACUCACUCACAUUGAAAAAAAAAAAAAAAUAAUAAUAAUAAUUGAACUCCUUUUUUGAGUUCGACUCCUUUUGCAUUAGACAAAUUAGGCUUCUCAUCUCUUUCAAGUAAAGGAAACUCAUUUCUGUCGUCUCAUAUUUAAAUAUUUUUAUUUUCUUUUUUCUGAAUAUACGUAGUUGGGCCAUUCUUUGUAUCACCAUGACUUUUGUUGUUCUUCCGUGGUACUUUUUGUUCUUGCGGAACGGACGUUUAAUGGACGUUUAAUAUGUAUUGAAAGGAAAUGUGAUCUGUGUGCAGUUGGAAGCUAUUAGUCAGCUAUACUAAUAUAUAAAUUAGGCAAUUCUAUUUAUUAGACAAUUUUAUUUUACGACACGAUCACUUUCAAAGCCGAUCUUCUUCUGUUCUUGUUUUACAAUAUUUUACUUAAGCUAAGCCUAU